CCCCCCAACAAAAAAGAAAUUUUGAAGUUAAAAGCCAAACUUGAAAACCAAAGGUUCCGUUGUGGUUUUGGUUUUUCGAGUUUCAGCUUCGUUUUCGUUUUCCUUCUGUUCCCUUUCUUUUCUUUCCCACAAAAAAAAGUCAGGAUUUUUCUGCUGUUCCUAUAAAAUUUUCUCAAUUUCUUUUAUUUUCUAUCAAAUUCUGAAAAAAAAAAUCUAAUCUUCGUCUGCGAAUUUCCCGAUUUCUCUCAUCGAUCGACGCCGACCUAAAAAAGCAACAAACAAAGAACCUCCGAUUAUCGAAACAGCGAGUUUGAGAAGGCAACACAUUUUUUUAACAUGACGACAAUACCCUUGCUACGUCGGUAUAGCCAUAGAAAGAACAUAAACCAAAGCAACGCACAUAUAAAGGGGAAAGAAACCAUGGGUUCUGAACAGAAUGAAGGAACCAGCUUUUCACCAUCCGAGCCGAAGCUUUGCGCCAACGGCUGUGGAUUUUUUGGCACGGCGGCGAAUAUGAACCUAUGCUCCAAGUGCUAUCGUGACCUCCGGGCGGGGGAGGAGCAAGCUGCGAAGGCUAAAGCUGCCAUGGAGAAAUCCCUCAGUGUCCAAUCGAAGCAGCAGGAUGUCGUUGUGGAGCUGCCUCAUGUGGGUUCGUCUUCCUCAUCGAUGGCAGUUGAGCAACAACCGACUGUUGUCGCUGGUGAUGAACAGGCGGAGCCAAAGCUGCCGAACAGGUGCUUUAUCUGCGGAAAGAAGGUUGGAUUGACUGGGUUUAAGUGCAGGUGUGGGAGUACAUUCUGUGGUGAGCACCGGUACCCGGAAAAACAUGAGUGCUCCUUUGAUUUCAAGGGUGCUGGGCGUGAUGCGAUUGCCAAGGCAAAUCCUAUCGUCAAAGCUGAUAAGGUGGAGAGGUUCUGAAAAGGGGAGGCUUGGAGUUAGUUUGACUGAGCCGGUGUUCUUGAAUGAAUUUGCCUUUUCUUUCUUGUCCUCUUGGCUUUUCGAGGGUUCUAUUAGAUUUUGGGUCAGGAAAAAUGCGGGGUGUUAUAAUGUUCUUGCUAGUGUUUUGUGGUGGUUGGAAUGAUUGGGACGGUAACUUAGUUGAUUCCACAAUAAGAAUGGAUCAAUGAAUGUUUAGUUUCAGUUUACUUUGAAUGUUUCUGUCUUGAUCUUUAUUUUAUCCAUAUUUAUUAGGUAUAUAUAUAAUGUUUGUGCUAUCUACUUUGUAUGUUUGUUGGAUUAAGAUCUUAUCACCAUCAAAAUUUCUAAUACGUGAUUGAUGUAAGUUCUUUUAGCUGCAAAUACUUAAUCUUGUAGCUACAUAUUCUGAUUUCUUACCAUGCUUAGUUCUCUGGUGGAGAGAUGCCUGUCUCUUAUCAUUCUUCAAACGCAGAAUUUCCGCUGUGGAUGUUGUUUCUUUUGCAUUCAAAUUCCCCAGUUUUACCCCAUUUAUGGUACUCGGUUCUUUUCCUUCCAAUGUAACUUUUUAAGUUACCUGCAUCAUCUAGUUAUUGCUUCAUAGAGGCAUCAACCCUUUUUCUUUUAUUGUUCCAUGCUUCUGUUUCUAUACUGGAUCUGCAUUUUGAUUUGUGUCUAUUGCUACCUCCUGAUUCAUGAAAACUUCUGAAACUUUUAGCCAGUUGAUAUUCUAUAUGAUUAUUGGAACGGAAUCGAAGUCACUGUUGUUGAAGUAGGUGAAGAAGGCGGCAUUGAUGGCAGGGAUCUCCUCUCUCGUUGUUGUAUCUUUCAGUAAGGCUGUUUAACUGCAUUUCUCUUGGCCGUAAGAAGACUGUCCCUGGUCGUGAAACAUGUCAAAUUUAUAUGGUAUCAAACAUAUGUAAAACAUGUCAAAUUUAUAAGAUACGCCCAUGAAAUAUAUUUUUGGUGUCUGUUUAA